UUGAAGCCGUUCAAUAAUUGGCUUGAAUUUAUCGGAUAUAUUCCUUUCGGCUUUCAUCCUCUUUGAUGUCAUUAUCAUUCAUCCCCAUUUUACCAAUAACCACAAUUUUAAGUUUUUUUUUAACUCAUUCAUCGUUGUAUUCCAAACCCAGAAAAAUCACGACAUAUUCAAAUCCAGUUUAAUCGAUGUCUCUCUCCUUCUCACCGAUUUCAUAUCUUCCUCUCCCGAAUCUAACCUACUUCCAAAAAUCCCCCAAAACCCUUGUUUCUGUCUUCUGUCAUCCUCAAACCCCAACCUUUUUCUGUUGCAGCCAUGGCAGAAACCCUAGAAAACCCAACAACAUAAUCAGUGAUGCAGAAUUAGCUUCAGAUUUUGCAGCAGAAGUCCACAGAUUAAAUACUCAGUCUAAGGAGAGAGAAAACGCAAUGAAAAGGAGUAAGCAACUACUUUUUUCUGAUCUUUGCAAUUACCUUGAUAUGAACCCAGAAGAUGUCAAGAACAAUUGGAAGAAUUUUAGUACUGAUGAAAAAAUGGGUUUAGUUAAAGAGUUUAUUUCAUAUUGGGGUUUGAAUUUUCAUCCUUUAUCACCAAAAUCUGUUAAAGGUUUGAUUGAUGAAUUUGUUUUUAAGGAUUCUGAGGAGAUUGAAAGUUCAGAUCACUCUAGUUCUAAUUCUGAUGCAAUUCUUCCCACAUUGAAGAAAAUAAUAAAGGGGUUUUCAUCAGAUCAUUAGGUUUAAUAGUAGUUUGAAGGAGUUGUUUGAUUUCGAUUAUUAGGGGGAAUACGAAUUUUGUUUAGGGUUUUCAAUUUUCCCCUAAUUUGUAGAUAUUAUUUGAAAUAUUGAUUAUCAAUUAAAUUUCUCUUUUUUGCCCUCAAA